AUGGCAAUGCCUUGUAAAGCCUCUUCAAUUACAUCAUUAUUUCUAGCUUUUCUUUUAUUUGAUUGCCAUGUUAAUGCCCGCCAUGUCCAGCGACAUUCAGUAGGUCCUAUUAAGCAGCAUCGGCCAAAGUUUAGCCCUGGUCCAUGGUGCAAGGGCCACGCAACCUUCUAUGAUGGAGACUCAACAUCAUUUGGUGGAGCUUGUGGUUAUGAAGAUGUAGUUAAACAAGGUUAUGGUCUAAAUACAGCAGCAGUCAGCCCAGCUUUGUUUCAAAAAUGUCGAGGUUGUGGUGCUUGUUAUGAGAUGAGGUGUACAAAUAACCCUCAAUGGUGCAAAAAUGGGCAAUCUCUUAUUGUCACAGCAACCAACGAAGGCCCCCCAAGUUGGCCUAUAGCAUUGGACAACGGAUGGUCUAAUGGACAACUUGAACAUUUCGACAUAGCUCGUCCCGUUUUCUCUCAAAUCGCAGAGUACCAAGCUGGCAUUGUUCCAAUCGAAUACCGCAGAGUUCCGUGCCAAAAACAAGGAGGAAUCAGAUUUACAAUAACUGGGAACCCUAAUUUCAAUUUAGUGUCAGUAUGGAAUGUAGGAGGAGCCGGGGAUGUUAUAAGUGUGCAAGUGAAGGGAGAUAAAAACUUGAAAUGGACGGAGUUGACGAGAAAUUGGGGUCAGAAAUGGCAGACAAAUGCAAUGUUAGUUGGAGAGUCAUUGACGUUUAGAGUUCGAGCAAGUGACCACAGAAGCUCAACCUCAUGGCAUGUUGCCCCAAAGAAUUGGCAAUUUGGUCAAACUUUUGAGGGGAAAAACUUUAAGUAG